AUGUGCAAAUUGCCCCAUUACUCCGUGAUUAUUCUGCUCUGCCUUCAAUCGCAGCUCGUUGCAGGGGAACGCAGUGUGGAGUUCCUGGCGGGCAACUGCAGCUACAACCCGAAGUACUUCAAGAACUUCUCGCUGACCAUUUCGAGGAAUAUGAUGAACAUGGACAUGGACCUCAACAGGCCCAUCCUGAGGGGCUUCAGGGUGCACAUCGACAUCCAGCUGCGGCUGGCGAAUGCCAAGAACUUCCAGUCGGUCUUCAGCCAGGUGAACGACGUCUGUGCCGUCACCUCGACCGUGAAGAACAGCCUGUUCAAGUCCUGGUUCAAGGACAUGACCAAGCACGGCAACUUCAUGUACAACUGCCCCGUCCAGAUGGGCCACUACUACAUGCACGACUGGCGCAUGGGCAGCGCCAUGACCCACAGGUUCCUCAUUCCGGGCGAGUACCGCGGCAAGCUCGGGUUCUUCUACGGGAAGUACAAGACCAGGUCCUACGACGAGACCCUCACCCUGAUGAUUGAUGUGAUCCUGUCGAACUAA